AUGGUGGACGAUUUGAGAAAGUAUUUGAAUCAUUUGCUUGAAAAAGUUAAUGGUUUACACUGUAUUUUAAUAACCGAUCGUGAUGGAGUACCCGUAGUUAGAUCAGUGACCGAAAAAGCGCCUCAGUUGGCCUUACGACCGAACUUUAUUUCAACCUUUGGUAUGGCUACCGACCAAGCUAGUAAACUAGGUCUUGGAAGGAAUAAAAUUAUUAUAUCAAUGUAUUCUAGCUAUCAGGUUAUUCAAAUGAAUAAACUGCCACUGGUGAUAACCUUCAUUGGGAGUGAUAAUUGCAACACUGGACAUAUUUUAGCCCUUGAAAGUCAAAUAGAACCAUAUUUAAAGGAUCUGGGAACAAUAGUAGCCGAUGCUCCUUGA